CGAGACGGAGUUGGUCGGGCUAUGUCCGAUUCAUGAUUCAUUCUUCCGGAUCCAUAGCUGAGGUAUUAUUUUCAAAUUUUUUGCUACAUUUCUUGCUUGACUUUGACAAUUGACACUGCAGUCUCCCGCACACCAUUCAUCACCACCGCGGACAUUUUGAGGCUUCCGCACGUCAUGGUGCCCCGAUAGGGUGGAUUCGCAAAGGAAGUCCUUUACAGCUGGAGCAAGAGGUCAAGUCUUUCUCAAGAUGUUGCUCCGAGCAGCGCGAUUUGGAUGCCGCUUCUCAUCUCCUUAUCCUCCGACAUCCCGCGCCCCUCACUUUAAGCUAUUUCGCCAAACACAUAUACGCCCUGAAGGUCAAACGCGGAUAUUUACAACGCAAGGCUCUGCACUGAACAAGCAGAAUAGUGGUGAGAAGGUUACAACUUCGAGUAUAGCCGCACAGAACGCUUCACGACAUGCGGCUACACCGGAGAACAAGGCCCCUAAACUGGAAAAUACGAAACCAGACCUCCUCGGCGAGGCUACGGUGACUAGACAAGCUCAGAGAAAGGCAGAUUGGGCCAUCAUGAGAGAAAUGACAAAAUAUCUAUGGCCUAAAGAUGAUUGGGGAACUAAGCUCCGUGUGGGCGUUGCUCUUUCACUCUUAAUCGGAGGCAAGAUCUUGAACGUCAACGUACCUUUUUACUUUAAACAGAUUGUGGACUCCAUGAAUAUCGAUUUUGCAGCGCUUGGAGGCACUGCCUGGACCGUUGCGGGCUCCAUGAUCGUGGCUUAUGGCGCAACGAGGAUAGGCGCAACAUUUUUCCAGGAGCUUCGAAAUGCCGUAUUUGCUGGGGUAGCACAAAAGGCUAUCAGGAGGGUUGCGCGGAAUGUAUUCGACCACUUGCUGCGCUUGGACCUUACUUUCCACUUGAGCCGACAAACGGGAGGCCUCACCCGCGCCAUAGAUAGGGGUACAAAAGGAAUUAGCUUUUUACUCACUUCGAUGGUAUUCCACGUGUUUCCUACUGCCCUAGAGAUAUCCAUGGUGUGUGGAAUAUUGAGCUACCAAUAUGGGCCCAAGUUCGCGGCAAUUACAGCGGCGACCAUGGUCGCAUAUUCGGCGUUCACAAUCACAACUACGGCAUGGCGAACGAAGUUUCGGAAACAGGCGAAUGCUGCUGAUAAUCGAGGGGCAACAGUUGCAGUUGAUUCUUUAAUCAACUAUGAGGCUGUAAAAUAUUUCAAUAACGAACCCUUCGAAGUCUCCCGAUAUGAUAAAGCUCUGAAGGCAUACGAAAAUGCGUCGAUUAAAGUCACUACUUCUCUAGCGUUCCUUAAUUCUGGUCAAAACAUGAUCUUUUCGAGUGCACUUGCAGCGAUGAUGUAUUUUGGUGCUGACGGAGUUGCAACUGGUUCAUUAACAGUGGGAGACCUCGUGAUGAUUAAUCAGCUUGUAUUCCAGCUGUCUGUUCCCUUGAACUUCCUUGGUUCAGUAUAUCGAGAACUUAGGCAAUCAUUGUUGGAUAUGGAGACACUUUUCAACCUCCAAAAGGUUAACGUCACGAUAAAGGAGUUGCCCAAUGCGAAGCCGCUGCAGCUUCGACAGGGCGGAGAAAUAAGAUUUGAGAAUGUCACGUUCGGUUAUCAUCCAGAUCGAACCGUCUUGAAGAAUGUCAGCUUUACCAUCCCUGCGGGCGAAAAGUUCGCUAUCGUUGGCCCGAGUGGAUGUGGUAAAUCGACUAUUUUACGGCUGCUUUUCCGGUUUUACGAUGUGCAGGGAGGUCGAAUUUUGAUCGAUGGGCAAGAUAUACGCGAUGUCACGCUUGAUAGUCUGAGGAAAUCCAUAGGUGUCGUACCGCAAGACACUCCACUUUUCAACAAUACCAUUGAGCACAACAUCCGCUAUGGUCGAAUUGAUGCAACGCCGGAGGAGGUACGAAAGGCCGCGCAACGGGCACAUAUUCAUGAGUUGAUUGAGCGCCUACCGGCUGGUUAUAACACCCCGGUUGGCGAACGUGGCAUGAUGAUAUCUGGAGGAGAAAAGCAGAGACUUGCUAUAUCUCGCUUGAUUUUGAAAGACCCGCCACUACUGUUCUUUGAUGAAGCGACAUCCGCGCUCGAUACAUACACAGAGCAAGCGCUGCUUCAAAAUAUUAACAGCAUCCUCAAGGAUCAAGCUCGAACCAGCGUUUUCGUCGCGCACCGGUUGCGUACGAUCUACGACAGCGACCGAAUCCUAGUCCUAAAGGACGGCCACGUCGCUGAGACCGGAAACCAUACCGAGCUUCUAGAAAAAGGAGGUGUAUAUUCAGACCUCUGGAAAGCGCAAGAAACGUCGCUCGCGCAGGACCCUGAGCAUGAGCGAGAAAUCGAGAUCGAAGAGCUCGAAGUAGAAAAGAGAUUGGAACAGCCGGAUCGGGUCAAGGACUCUUCAUCACAACCACAGCCACCGCAGGAUCCACCGAUUCCACAUUGAUUGUAGC